GCCCUUGUCUAGGUUCAGUAGCGGCAGCACCUCUUUCCAACGGGAGAGAGCCAGAACAGAGAUUACUACAAACUGAAGCCAAGAAUAUAAAAGGAAACCCUCAAAAUUCCAGAUAAAUUUUGGCAACAGCACGAGGAAACACUCUCUUUUAACUCUACCAAAAUGAGUAUAUGGAACUACGUCGUUACGGCUCACAAGCCCACCAAUGUUACUCACUCUUGUGUCGGCAAUUUCACCAGCCCUCAGGAGCUCAAUCUCAUUAUUGCGAAAUGCACUCGUAUUGAAAUACAUUUGCUUACUCCUCAGGGACUGCAGCCUAUGUUGGAUGUACCCAUAUACGGAAGAAUUGCAACUCUUGAACUUUUUCGCCCUCAUGGUGAAGCACAGGAUUUUCUAUUCAUUGCAACUGAAAGAUACAAAUUCUGUGUUCUCCAGUGGGAUGCUGAGUCCUCUGAGCUUAUUACAAGAGCAAUGGGAGAUGUCUUUGAUCGUAUAGGCCGUCCUACAGAUAAUGGUCAGAUUGGCAUAAUUGAUCCUGAUUGUAGAUUGAUUGGACUCCAUCUGUAUGAUGGGUUGUUCAAGGUUAUUCCUUUCGAUAGUAAAGGACAGCUAAAGGAAGCCUUUAAUAUUAGGCUUGAGGAGCUUCAGGUCUUGGAUAUCAAGUUUCUUUAUGGUUGUUCAAAACCAACAAUUGUAGUGCUCUACCAGGAUAAUAAAGAUGCUCGUCAUGUCAAAACGUACGAGGUUGCUCUGAAAGAUAAAGAUUUUGCUGAGGGCCCGUGGUCCCAGAAUAAUUUGGACAAUGGAGCUGAUUUGUUGAUACCAGUACCUCCACCUCUCUGUGGUGUUCUUAUAAUUGGAGAAGAAACAAUUGUCUAUUGUAGUGCUAAUACUUUUAAAGCAAUUCCAAUAAGACCAUCUAUCACAAAAGCCUAUGGAAGAGUUGAUGCUGAUGGUUCUAGGUAUCUACUUGGUGACCAUGCUGGCCUGCUUCACCUGCUGGUCAUAACCCAUGAGAAAGAGAAGGUCACUGGACUAAAAAUUGAGCUGUUGGGCGAAACAUCUAUUGCAUCUACUAUAUCAUAUUUGGAUAAUGCAUUUGUGUAUAUUGGCUCAAGCUAUGGAGAUUCACAGCUUAUAAAGCUAAAUCUACAACCUGAUGCAAAGGGUUCAUAUGUGGAAGUAUUAGAAAGGUAUGUCAACUUGGGGCCCAUUGUUGACUUCUGUGUGGUUGACCUUGAGAGGCAAGGCCAAGGUCAGGUUGUAACAUGCUCUGGAGCUUACAAGGAUGGUUCUCUUCGCAUAGUUCGAAAUGGGAUUGGAAUAAAUGAACAGGCAUCAGUGGAAUUGCAAGGUAUUAAAGGGAUGUGGUCUUUGAGAUCAUCCACCGAUGAUCCAUUUGAUACCUUCCUGGUGGUUAGUUUUAUCAGUGAAACACGGAUUUUAGCAAUGAAUCUGGAGGAUGAGCUGGAAGAGACUGAGAUAGAGGGUUUUUGUUCUCAAGCACAGACUUUGUUUUGCCAUGACGCUGUUUACAAUCAACUUGUUCAGGUUACUUCUAGCUCUGUAAGACUUGUAAGUUCGACAUCUAGGGAGCUGCGCCAUGAAUGGAAAGCUCCAGCAGGAUAUUCAGUUAAUGUUGCAACUGCCAACGCUACUCAGGUUUUACUGGCAACCGGAGGUGGGCAUUUGGUUUAUUUAGAAAUUGAUGAUGGAACAUUGACAGAAAUAAAACAUGCACAACUGGAGUAUGAGAUAUCAUGCCUUGACAUUAAUCCAAUUGGUGAGAACCCCAACUAUAGUCAGAUAGCUGCAGUUGGAAUGUGGACAGAUAUAAGUGUUAGGAUAUUCUCACUUCCUGACCUAAAUCUGAUCACUAAGGAGCAUCUGGGUGGAGAAAUCAUACCUCGAUCUGUUCUUCUCUGUGCCUUUGAAGGGAUAUCUUACUUGUUAUGUGCACUUGGAGAUGGUCAUCUUUUAAAUUUUUUGUUGAACAUGAAUACUGGUGAGUUGACGGAUAGGAAAAAAGUGUCGCUGGGAACCCAACCUAUUACACUCCGUACUUUCUCAUCCAAGAGUACCACUCAUGUAUUUGCUGCAUCAGAUAGACCGACAGUGAUUUAUAGCAGUAACAAAAAGCUACUUUAUAGUAAUGUAAAUUUGAAAGAAGUCAGUCAUAUGUGCCCUUUCAACUCUGCUGCCUUUCCAGACAGCCUUGCAAUUGCAAAAGAAGGUGAGCUUACUAUUGGCACAAUUGAUGAUAUCCAGAAGCUUCAUAUCCGCUCUAUACCUCUUGGGGAGCAUGCACGCCGUAUCUGUCAUCAAGAGCAGUCCCGGACUUUUGCUAUCUGUAGUUUGAAGAACCAGUCUAGUGCGGAUGAAUCUGAAAUGCACUUCAUCCGCUUGUUAGAUGACCAAACAUUUGAGUUUAUGUCAACUUACCCACUUGACACAUUUGAGUACGGUUGCUCCAUCCUCAGCUGCUCUUUCUCUGAUGAUAGUAAUGUUUAUUACUGUGUUGGGACUGCCUAUGUUCUGCCAGAAGAAAAUGAGCCUACCAAGGGGAGGAUAUUGGUUUUCAUAGUGGAGGAUGGGAAGUUACAGCUGAUUGCAGAGAAGGAAACUAAGGGAGCAGUUUAUUCAUUGAAUGCCUUCAAUGGUAAAUUGCUUGCAGCUAUCAAUCAAAAAAUCCAGUUAUACAAGUGGAUGCUCCGAGAUGAUGGUAGUCGGGAAUUGCAAUCUGAAUGUGGUCAUCAUGGUCACAUACUUGCCCUCUAUGUACAAACUCGUGGAGAUUUCAUUGUUGUUGGUGAUUUGAUGAAAUCUAUUUCCUUGCUAAUCUACAAGCAUGAAGAAGGUGCCAUUGAAGAACGGGCUCGUGACUACAACGCAAAUUGGAUGUCAGCCGUUGAAAUUCUUGAUGAUGACAUAUACCUUGGUGCUGAAAACAACUUUAACCUCUUUACAGUUAGGAAGAAUAGUGAAGGUGCCACUGAUGAGGAGAGAGGCCGCCUUGAGGUGGUUGGUGAAUACCACCUGGGAGAAUUUGUGAAUCGAUUUCGGCAUGGUUCCCUUGUGAUGCGAUUGCCAGAUUCUGAUGUGGGUCAGAUUCCAACUGUGAUAUUUGGGACGGUGAAUGGUGUUAUUGGGGUUAUUGCUUCACUUCCUCACGAGCAGUACCUUUUCUUAGAGAAGCUGCAGUCAAACUUAAGGAAGGUGAUAAAGGGUGUGGGAGGGUUGAAUCAUGAGCAAUGGAGAUCAUUCAACAACGAGAAGAAAACAGUGGAUGCGAAAAAUUUCCUGGAUGGUGAUUUAAUAGAGUCGUUCCUUGAUCUGAGCCGUAGUCGGAUGGAUGAAAUUUCGAAGACGAUGAAUGUUUCAGUAGAGGAGCUGUGUAAGAGAGUUGAGGAACUCACUAGGUUGCAUUGAUAUUUGGUAAUGAAAUUCGUUUAGCCCUUUGUAUUUGGUAAUAUCAUUGAGGAGAUUUGUUAUGGUUUGGAAUUAGAGAUAAGAAAUGUUUUGGGUUUUCUGGCUUUGUAUGGAAUUCAGGUAGUGAAACGGUUUAUAACACAUUUCUUCAUCUGUAAGGCUUUGUAGUGAUUGUUGCAUUGGUCGGCGAUAUUGACCCCAAGGGCAAGGGCAAGGACAUGUUGAGUGACAA